GCAGCCACCCUCUCACUCUCUCACCCCAUGGCACCCCUCUGCAAGACCACACUCUCUCACCCCUCUUGCUCGUUCUCUCCGCCACAUCGUCGCCGCCGCCAACCCUCUCCGCCACGCCGUCCCAGCCGCCACAACUCCCCACCUUGGCGCGUCCCUGCCUCCUCCCAUCCCCUCCACUCCUCGGUCCCCGCCACAGUUAUUUGUUUCGGCCGGGUCCAGUGAGCAGUGGUGAGACCAGGUGUCGCGGUGAGCAGCCAGAUCCGGCCGUCGGCGAGCCGCGCCGUGGAUCUAGCCAUCCCAGGGCGAUUUCCGGAGCCGAGAGCGACUUGAAGAUUUCUACCUCAAGCUGAGCCGCACCGUCGAUCUGGCCAACCCAGGCUGAGUUGCUGCCUUGCUGCCUGUUGGCCUGCUACACAGCCUACUGAUAGUAUGCUCGGUAUUUGACAGGGAAAUCACACAGCGAAGGUUGGAGACUGAUGCGGAUGCGCGCAAGGGCAACGUUGGAUGACACCUAGAAGAGCAAGCAUAGUGCAGCGAAGGAAGUACCGAGCUUCGGCAGCACUACACCAUCGUCCUCUGCCUCACCGAGCACAUCAAUUUCAUGAGAUGAUCAACUCCCCGCAUAGACCCGCUUCAAGGGAGGAGGAUGCAGAGGCCAGCAACAAGGAGCGGGUGUGGGUGCUCAUCCUCGCCGCUGACCACAAGUGCUGCGACAAACUUUGGGCAGAAUUCGAUCCCUCCACGGGGAGCAGCAUGAGAUUGGCCAGGACUCAGGAGCACUCCACCAUGAAGUGACCCCAGGAAAUUAGAAAUGGCUUUGUGAAAGGUGUGAUUUGACAUUUCUGGACGCAGUUUGAACAUGGCGACUCGUCAAACUGGUGUUAAGCUAAGGCCGAUGACAAGAAAGUUGCGCCAACUCGUGCACGUGCUGCAUGCAGAGGCCGGUCGCGGCGACCAGCAUCAGUUAUGAGAUACGUGCGGGUGCAGUACGUUCCGCCGUAACCACAGUCGAGCACACAGUGAUGAACCCGAGCUGCCUGCCUGCCUGCCACGAGCCUCGCGCUCAUUAUAAAAACGCCGGGGCGGCGUCUUGGUCCUCUCCCCCGGCGCCGGCGAGUGCACAGAGCGACCAGGCUCCCUAUAUAUAUAUCCCAGUUCCGUAUGCAAGGAACACGUACGCUAGCUAGCACGAUCGAUCUCCUACUCCUCCUACAGAGCGAGCAAACACGCUUACCAAGUUACCAUGAGCUGCCAAGAAGGCGCCAUCCCGGCGGCGGCGGCGGCGCAGCCGCACGUCCUCCUCGUGUCGUGCCCGCUGCAGGGCCACGUGAACCCGCUACUCCGCCUCGGCCGGCGCCUCGCCGCGAGGGGCAUCCUCGUCACCUUCACCACCCUCCGCCACGCCGGCCUCCGUGCUGCCACCCACCGCGACGGCGUCCGCUUUGAGUUGUACCAGCUGCGCGACCACGACGGCGGCCAGAUGACCCCCGACGACAUGCUGCGGCACGUCGCGGCUGAGGGCCCGGCGGCGCUGGCCGACCUGGUACGGCGCCAGGCCGACGCCGGCCGGCCGGUCUCCUGCGUCGUCAACACCACCUUCGUGCCCUGGGCGCUCGACGUGGCCUGGGAGCUCGGCCUCCCUUGCGCGACGCUCUGGAACCAGUCCUGCGCUGUGCUCUCGCUCUACCACCACUUCUACGACGACGACACGCCGUUCCCGAGCACGGCCGACGACGCACCGGUGGCGCUGCCCGGGCUGCCGGCCAUGUCCUUGCACGAGCUGCCGCUCAUGGUCCGACCCGAGUUCGCGCACAACCUCUGGGGCCAGAUGCUCCGAAGGCAGCUCGUGGAGGUCCGUGGGAGGCAGGCGCCGUCGUGGGUGCUCGUCAACACCUUCCACGAGCUCGAGCGCGACGCCAUCGACGCGCUACGGGCUCGCGACGUCGCCGUCACGCCCGUCGGCCCGCUCCUGGACGACGAUGAACCGGCCGUUGCCGACGAUGACGGCUGCGUCAUGGCGUGGCUCGACGCGCAGCCGCCGCGCUCUGUUGUGUACGUGGCGUUCGGCAGCCUCGUGGACAUCGGGCGGGACGAGACGGUGGCCCUGGCGGAGGGGCUGGCCGGCACGGGCAGGCCGUUCAUUUGGGUGGUGCGCGACGACCUCCUCCACCUCCCGGAGCCCGUCCUCGCCGCAUGCCGAGGAGACACCGGCAGGAUCGUGGCGUGGUGCCCGCAGGGGCGCGUGCUCCGGCACGGCGCCGUCGGGUGCUUCGUGACGCACUGCGGGUGGAACUCCGUCACGGAGGCGCUGGCGGCGGGCGUGCCGGUGGUCGCGUACCCGUGGUGGUCGGACCAGUUCACCAACGCCAAGUUCUUGGUGGAGGAGUUCGGGGUCGGCGUCCGGCUGCCGGCGCCGGUCACGCAGGAUGGGCUCCGUGCGUGCAUCGAGGAGGUGAUGAGCGGGCCGGAGGCAGUGGCAAUCCGGAGGAGGGCGACGGCGUGGAAGGAGGAGGCGGCGGCGGCGCUGGCCGACGGCGGGUCAUCGGACCGGGGCCUCGAGGCCUUCGUUGACUUCGUGCGAGCGCCCGUAGGAUCUGGUGGAGUUGACACGAUUAGCUCGCCGGCAAAGCAGGGAUCAGUCAGUUCGUUAUAAUUUCAUUUGACAAUAAUCCGUCCUAUCCCUUCGAGAACAUUUUUGUUGAACCAAUGACGAGCUUGAACCAUGCUCCAACACUUCCAUUGUCCGACACCGUUGUAUGGAAGCAUAUAUGCUCUACGAUUUGGCUCGUCACCCA